AUGGUUGUACGAAUUGUAAUAGCUGGUGAAUCACAGUGUAAAGCGUUUGCUGAAAUAUGCCUCGUGGCAGAUCAUUUAUCAAAAAAAUUACCUGAUUUUCGCUAUGAGCGUAUAGAAAAACCAGUAUUGGAGUGGAAUGCUUGGAUGUACAAAAUAAAUCAGAAAAAUAAAUGGCAUCAUAGUGGCUCACCCCUUGUUUGGAAAGAAUUAUUGGCAACAGGCAGUAAGCCCUUUUAUAUCGGAGGCGGACCAGAGUUUUUAGAUUAUUGCUACUCUUAUUACAAAUUUGAUGUUUUCAUGGCGCCUGCGAGAUAUGAAAAUUUAGUUUUAAACUACAGACAAUACAACAAAAAAAUAAAACAGGAAUCUAAAUUUCAUAUUGAUGUCGAAUUUGAAAUGGAAGAAGACACUGUAAAAAACACUUUUAGUGUAUGUAUAUCUGGAUCCGGAAAUCCAAUCACUAUGCAUUUGAUAUCUGAGUUAUUAGAAUUGAGUUCUAGCGAAAAGGGUAUUUAUAAAGUUUAUAUAUACGACCACCGGUGCUCUUCAUCUUUUAUGGAAUUAGUUGAACGUGAAUGUAGUUUCAUCGAGACCAAUUACGCAGCAAAAGUAGUCAAAUACGUAGACAAAAUUGGCCUGGCCCUUACUAAUACGGAUGUUUUAAUAAUACUUGAUCAUGUUCCGUUCAGUCCAGAACAAUCUAUUGGGGGAUGGUUAUACGAAAACAAAAAAAUUAUGCAAAACAUUGCUCAAAUGAUAAAUGCAUCAGCAUCAUCAAAAAUGAAAAUAAUUCUACCCAAUUUGGGCCCAGCUUGUUACAAUGCUACAGUUUUAUCAGAAUCACUAACACAUAUCAGUAAACAUAACAUAGUAAUUGCUACAUCAGAUUUAGGAAUGGAAGUUACACCUAUUAUUGCAAAAAUUGCUGAAAUUCCUAUGAGAAAUAUGUUUUGCCCACCAGUUUGGGGUUUCGUUGGAGUCAAUCAUUUAGUAGAUAUAAAUAAUUCAAUUCAUAAAUACAAUGAAUUUUACCCUUUUAAUAGAUAUAAAAAAGUUAAAAAUUCUAGUUUGUGUAUUGGCUCAUUAACGCCACAAAUGAGAACUAUAGAAUAUUUAAUAUUCUUCGAUGAAUCCUUGUGGAUAAAAGUUGCAGAAGAAAAGACAAAGUCUAUAGAUAGUGCAUGCCUUAAUAAAAGCAUAGCGAUUUUAGAUUUACUUAAAUCAUGGCUGGUUGACGAAAAUCCCGAAGAAAUUAUAACUCUUGGUGUUCAUUGUGAUGGGUCAUUUGGAUUGGACUUUGAUGGUUACUUCUCUCAGCCAUGCCGCCUUAGUAAUGGAAAAUGGAGACCUUUUAAGAAUUAUAUGUUACCGAAAACGCCACAUAUGACUCUUUCUUACUUAUUAAGUAUGGCUAAGUUUACGAUGACAUUAGAAAAAAAUGAUUUACCUAGGAUUAUUCCAAGAAAAAUUUGUAUUUGUAAACGAAAACAGUAUGUCAAAAAGAAUGUGUGGUAUUAG